AAAGUAACAUCAUUGCGAUAAGGUUGCUUGUAGCUCCAAUUUCUUUUAAAAAAGACUUAAGCAUUUAUUAAAAAAACAACAUCAAAAUGGUCUACACUGUCACAAGCAAGUCUGAUUUCGAUCAACAAUUGGAAAAUGCCGGCGACAAAUUGGUUGUUGUUGAUUUCUUUGCCACCUGGUGUGGUCCCUGCAAAAUGAUUGCUCCCCGCUUGCAGGAAUUGUCCAAUGAAUUUGCUGAUAAAAUUGUUGUCAUUAAGGUCGAUGUUGACGAAUGCGAAGAUGUCGCCAUGGAAUACAACAUUUCCAGCAUGCCCACUUUCUUGUUCAUCAAGAAGAAGCAAGAAUUGGAGAAGUUCGCCGGUGCCAAUGCUGAAAAAUUGUUGGCCACCAUUCAAAAACACGCCUAAAUAAA